AUGACAUCGGUUAAGGAUUCACGAGUGUGGUUCAUCACCGGUACCUCUCAGGGGCUGGGAAAAUCGAUCCUUACCUACGUUCUUGAACAGAACGAGCGCGUCGUCGCUACGUUGCGCAACCCGUCUGACCUCGCGGACCUCGAGGAAAAGUAUCCCCCUGAGCAACUCCUCGUGCUUCGCGUUGACGUCACGAAGCCCAGCGACAUCUCCGAUGCGUUCAAAAAGACAGAAGAACACUUCCAUCGCUUGGACGUCGUGGUAAAUAAUGCAGCAUACGGACUCACUGGGGAAAUUGAGGCGACACCAGACGAUGCCGCGCGCCUGCAGAUGGAGGUGUUGUUCUGGGGCGCCGCUAACGUCACGAGAGAGGCCAUUAGAUUUUUCAGAGAGGUGAACCCUCCCGGCCAUGGUGGCCGCAUCUUCAAUAUGAGUUCAAUUGGAGGAUAUACUGGAAACCCUGGCUUGGCCUUCUACUCUGCCGCAAAGUUUGCUUUGGAAGGCUUCACCGAAUCAUUCGUCCGCGAGAUGCCACCGGAAUGGAACAUCACUGGCGUCAUUGUCGAGCCCGGGGGCCUCCAGACCAACGGGCGACAUAGCAUGGUUGUAGUACCCAAGCAUCCAGCAUAUUCGAAGGACAGUCCGUCGCAGGCUUUCUACGAGCAGAUGAUGCGCGUUCCGUUCACAGGCGACACCCGAAAGGCCGCGAAGGUCAUCUUCGAUGUUGCUGGCGUGGCAAAGCCGCCGCUGCGUCUACCCAUGGGAAGUAUCGGAUGGUCGGUGAUUGUUGACAAGGCGAAAGAGACGCUUAGGGAAGCAGAGGAAUGGAAAGAUGUGAGUUGUAGCACGAACGUCGACUGGUUUUCAGCGGACAUCAAGGAGGCAAUGUGAUUAGUGAUUAGAUUGAAGGAAAAAAUUUGAGGACUCAAGUGAUGGAACCUUCCCAGAUAACACUAGUAUGACACUACGAGCUGUAUUUUUUGCGUAUACACAGAGCAACACCUUC